AUGCAGCUUCUCAACUCUGUGUUCUUGAUCUCCUUGCUCUCCACGGGCCUUGUGAGCGCCCUCGCUCCUCGCUCAUCCGUAGACGGCCCUUGCACUGGCUCCGGUGGAGCUCCUGGUGUCUGCAUCUCUACUUCUUCUUGCUCGAGUGGGGGCGGCUCGUUCAUUUCAAACGCUUGCCCAGGCACUGCCGACAACAUCAAGUGCUGCGUCAAGCCAAAGUGCGCCUCCGGCGGAAGUUGCAAGUGGACAUCCCAGUGUGGUGGCACCACUCAGUCUGGGCUCUGCCCUGGCCCGGCCAACUUUAAGUGCUGCAUACCUUCAAGUGGAACAGGAAACCUUCCAGGCCUGGACUCUGUCCAGACCAGGAAUGCGCGUGCAAUCAUUGCUCGGGCCAAGGGCGACUUUUCUGCCAGCCAGGAGAAGCAGGCUUGCUACAUCGCUAUCACUACAGCUUUCCAGGAGUCCGGUAUCCGCAUCCUCGCCAACUCCGAUUAUCCGGCGUCCUUGAACUACCCUCACGAUGGCGUUGGUCACGACCAUGACUCUGUCGGUAUUUUCCAACAGCGACCUUCAUGGGGAAGCACGAAAGACAGGAUGAAUGCGGAUCUGAGUGCGCACUUCUUCUUCAACGCUCUCAAGAGGGUCAGCAACUGGCCGAGCCUUCCAAUCGGAACGGCCGCCCAAAAAGUUCAGGUCUCUGCAUUCCCAGAUGCUUACAACAAACAUAUUACGGCGGCGAAGAGCGUCUGCAACGCCGGCUGGUAA